AUGAUCAAGGAUCGGGCACCGACGUUCGUCAUGGUUGGAGCCUUGCUGGCUAUCCUACCCAUCGGCCUCAGUAUACUUGCGGCAUGUCUACACAAAAGGUGGAGAGUGAGGCAGAGGAGGAAGAGAGAUGCGCUGGCUGUUAGUGGAGAGGGACUGGCGAGUGGAGACGCGGGGAAAGAAACGGCGGAAGGUGACAGGGUACAAGGCAGUGCGGCUGUGAUGGAGAAGGGACAGUGUUUUGAGGGGGAGCAACGAAGUAGUAGCCGCGAUCUGGUCCCUGAAUCGACGACGGAGAUUAGGGUUGGAUCAAAGAUUAUUUUGUUGCUUUGUCUUCCUGCCUGUGCCUUGUUUGUUAUUACCAUCAUCAUCUGCAAAUUGGGCAUCGUCUUCGCCCUUCUCAUGAUGCCUGAACAAUACCGAUAA